AUGGCGGAGAAGCAGCGGCCGCAGGUGCCCGCGGUGAUGUACGAGCCGCACCCCGAGCGGUACCCGGAGCCCUCGGCGCCGCCGCUCGGCCCGGACGGGGGCUAUGAGUAUCCUUCUCCCCCGCCUUACUCCUACCGAGAAACCACCAUCGUGGAGGAGCCCGUUUAUUUGGUGCCCCAGCCUCCCAUCAUCGUGGCAGGGAUCUUCUCCAGCAAACCAACAUCCACAAUCUGUCCUUCCUGCCGCCAGCACAUCACCACCCAGGUCACCUACAGACUGGGCAAGCUGUCCUACCUCCUGUGCACCAGCCUGUGCAUGGUUGGGUGCUGCUUCGGAUGCUGCUUCGUCCCUCUCUUCAUCAAGAUCUUCAAGGAUGCAGAUCAUUACUGCCCAUACUGCCAAUUUCACAUUUAUAGAUACAAAAGACUAUAG